AGCGAUGCCACAUCAGAUCACCCUCCUCCUCCUGCUGCUGCUGCACGUGGCUCUGAUGCUGCACAGCCUGCCGGCAGAAGCGGUGCGCGUCCGCAAGAAGGUCCCCAGGACCCGGUCCUGCCUGGACCUGCCGGAGGAGAUCCUGGAGCAGAUGUUCGGGCGCCUCUCGGUGGGCGUGAUGAGCGCCUUUCACCACGCGCUGCAGCUGGAGCCGCGGGACAAACUCAACCUGACCUGCCCGACGGCGGCACGAGACGCGGCCGACGGCAAGGCCCGCCUGCCCGUCAACCUGCUCAGCAUCUCCCCUUGGGCCUACAGGAUCUCCUACGACCCGGCCCGGUACCCCCGCUACAUCCCGGAGGCCUACUGCCUGUGCCAGGGCUGCCUGGCCGGGCCGCACGGCGAGGACCGCCGGCGGCUCCGCAGCACGCCGGUCUUCGCUCCCUCCGUCGUCCUGAGGAGGACCGGCUCCUGCGCCGGGGGCCGACACUCCUACGCCGAGGUCUACGUCUCCAUCCCGGUGGGGUGCACCUGCGUGCCGCGGCUGGAGAAGGACCCGGACGGCCGGGCCGCAAACCAGAGCCUGGACCGGGCGCCGCCCAAGGCUUCUGUCCGGGGGGAAGAAAGUAUGAAGCCCUGCUCCAGCGCCGCUCCGCCCGCCUUCUCCUGA